CGUCUUGAAGUCGCGCCGCGCUCCUGCAUCCGUGGUUCAUCUGAAGAAAGGACAAAGUGUCCAAACACACACACACACAAACUCCUGAUGAAGCAGCUGAGAUCCAGGUGACACACUGUUAUAAAGAUGGCGUUUAUUAAAGAGGAGAGUGAAGACGUGGAGAUUGAAGAAACAUUCAGAGUCAAACAUGAAGAUACUGAGGAACAAACAGGUCUAAUGGCACUGAAAGAGGAAAAACAAGACCUGAAUGAAACAGAAGAGAAAGAUCAGAAUGAGAAACAUGAUUUCAAAACUGAAGAAAAAUUGAUGAGUUGCACACAGACUGAAAAGACUUUCUCGCCAAGAGAAGCUCAAACAACACAAACUGCAAACCUUAGUUCCCACAUGAGAAUUCAUACUGGAGAGAAACCUUACAACUGCCUUCAGUGUGGACAAAGCCUUGAUGCCCACAUGAAAAUUCACUUUAAAAAGAAAUCAUUAAUGUCCAUCAUAUGUCCUCAGUGUGGAAAGAGUUUUACACAGAAAAAUCACCUUAAUGUCCACAUGAUCGUUCACACUGGAGAGAGACCUUACACCUGCCCUCAGUGUGGAAAGAGUUUCACGAUUAAAGGAAACCUUAAGACUCACAUUAGAACUCACACAGGAGAGAAACCUUAUACUUGCAAUCUGUGUGGGAAGGGUUUCUCAUUAAAUAAUGGUCUUAAGAGUCACUUGAGAACUCACACUGGAGAGAAGCCAUUUGUAUGUGAUCAGUGUGGAAAGAGUUUUACAGAGAAAAGGCUCCGUAAUGCCCACAUGAGGAUUCACACUGGACUGAGUCCUUUCACCUGCGAACAGUGUGGGAAAGGCUUUGCACGAAAACAAAAUUGGAUUACUCACAUGAGGAUUCACACAGGAGAGAACCUGUUCACAUGUGAUCAGUGUGGAAAGAGUUUCACAUGUAAAGACAACCUUAAAAAGCACAUGAAGAUUCACUUGAGAGAAAAAAUGUAAAUGUCAUCAGUGCAAAAGGAGUUUCAAGGACAGAAAUCACCUUCAGGAUGAUGUUAAAUUUCACAUCGGAGAAACACCUUUCAAGUGCCAUUGCUGUGAAAAAAGUUUCACAUCCAAUGCAAACCUUAAGAUUCACAUGAGAGUUCACACUGGAGAGAAACUGUACUGAAGUGCCUUCAGUGUGAGACGGGUUUCACAUGUCAAAGCAGUAUGAAAUGUAUUAAAAAAAAUGCCAUUUUCCUCAGAGUGACAAGAGGUUUUAGAAGAAGGAGUGAUUUCUACAAUGACCUGUGCAUUCAUUCUAAAGGAUAAUUCAGUUGUAGUCAGUGUAAGAAAAACCUUUUAUGCAUUCACACUUAACGUGAAAAUUCAAAUGUGAGACCAUGUGUGUGUUCUUUGUUAUUGAGUAUGACAAGAAAAUUGUCUGCAUGACACCUUGACUACUUUUACUUGCAUCCUUCAUCUCUUUGUUCUUCACUGUAAGGCUUUGAUUUUUUUUAUUUAUUAUUAUUAUUUUUUUUGCAUAUGUACUCUUUUGGCCAUACCUGAGCUUUUGCAGUAAAUUCCCUAAAAUUUUGACUAUGUUAGGUGAUUCUUGGCCAUUCAUGAUCUUGGCCCAUCAUGACUGAGUGUUCAGCAUCUGCAAGAAGCACUUGCGGACCUAUGUCUGCAUUGUAGUUUGCUGCCUAUCCUGGAGAGAAAGUUGCAUAUAGCAGGACUGGAUCAGAUUAUUUUUCACAUGCAUCUUCUUACAUAUGCAAAUAUCUUGUCUGUAUUUUUGCUUGGGAGAUUUUGGUUUUAUUCAGGAGAUGGGUAACUACCAUAACUAGAACCCGGAAGCAUCUCAUAAAUCACAGAACACAUAAAGCAUCUCAUAAAUAACAGAAAAUGUUGUGACUGGCAGGGAAAAUGUUAAAUGUAAAAUGUUUAAAAAAAGAAAAAGAAAAGAAAUAGUAGAUCAAAUUAGUGCAGAAUCAACUCUGUGUUGCUAAGUAUAUAUUUUAAAUGUUUUUUUUUUUAUAAAGAAACCCUAAUAUGUAGUUUUAUAGGAUAUAUGUGUAAAAAAAAAAAAAUAUUUGGCAGCACAACUGUUGAUAUUAUCCAACAUUGAUCAUUCAAAUAAUAAAUCUGCAUAUUAGAAUGAUUUCUGAAGGAUCAUGUGACACUUAAGACUGGAGUAACAGCUGAUUAAAAAUUCAGCAUUUAAUCACAGGAAUAAAUUCUAUUUUAAAGUAUGUUAAAAUAAAAAAAAUUAUUAUAUAUUGUAAAAACAUUUUGCAAUAUUACAGUUUUUUUCUAUAUUUUUAAUCAAAUGCAGCCUUGAUGAGCAUAAGAGACUUCUUUAAAGACUAUUACAAGUCUUACUGACCACAAACUUUUGAACGGUAGUGUAUAUAUAGUGUGUAUAUAGUAGUAUAUAUAUAUAUAAUUGUCAUUUGAUUGGCAUUUGUAUAUCAGUGUGUUUUGGGGUAAUGUAAUGAAAAAGUAAUAACAAAAAAGCUGUAAUAAUGAGAAUACUGUUUGCAACAUUUUCAUAAUGUCAUUGUGUUUUGUGUGCGGAGGUCGUCCGUGAGGGGCUGCCGCUUUACUUUUGUGUUUAUUUUAUUAUUAAAGUGUUUAAGUGUUUGCUGGUUCCCACCUCCUCCUUCCCAUUCUACGAACUACAGUCAUUUUUCAUAGUAAUAUGUAUGUAUAAUUUUGUAUAGUUAUUUAUGUCUCUUUAAAAUGCCUGAUAAGCAUGCUGUAAGUCCUGCUGUACUUUACAGGUGAUGUAUGAAACUGAUGCAUGUGUCAGUCUUUCAUAAAAGUGAUAUUCUGCUUUGAACCCUCAUUAAAGUUGUGUUGA